CUCUUCCUUUUUACUGACAGUCGACGACAAGAGGAUAAACAAAAGUAAGUCGGUUGCAGCAGCAGCGGGCGAGUUUCGUUAACGCGGUACGUUAUUACGCAGGUUUCGUCGGUUGCGUACGUGCGCAUAGAUACGGUGCGCGCGCGACAGACUUCGUUUUCGCGAGUAAUAUUGAGGAUUCUGCGGUUUGCCGAGUGAUGCAUCGCGGGUAUUUCGGCCGAUGAGAUGCGUUGGAGGAGCGCAGAAAAGAGCAAGAUCGCCGACGGCGCAACGACGACGUGAAUAAGGACGAGGUUACCGAGGUCGGUGCCGGUGUCUGUGACGUGCAACUCCUGCCGUGAAAGUGGAGUAUUUUGCGGCUGAUCGGAAGCAGUAAGUCGCGCCAAGCUCGCUCCGCGAAUCCGCGCAGUGAAAGUCAACCGAGAGCAGUUCGACUUUAAGCCAACGCUGAUUUUCGGAUAGGCGGAAAGAGGAAACGAAAAAGGCACCUUCGGCUUUAUAGCUGCCAGAGACUAUUGGCGGGAAAUGGUCGAACCUGAGAAACUUUUCAACAGAAAGAUACGACGCGUAUACAUUCACAUUUAAUAGAGGAAAACCUUUAAUUCAAAAACUUGUUUCUGAUCGCGGUCAAUAAUCCCUGAAGUGAUAAAAAUUAUGCUGUCCCACUUGUUGAACAAACAAAUACCAGAUAACUGAGUGCAGUUUAUUCAAUCUGAAAGGCCGUAUAAAAUAGCAGUUUUUAAAACGUUUAUCGUGUGAUAAAAAAAUCAAAAUAAAUCGUGAUGAUAACUGUACCGAUAUCAGCCUCCAGUCCCUACGUGAAAGUCACAUCUUACAGCGAUACUAGCGAAAUCGCCAAAAAAUCCACGGUUCAGCAGUUUUUAAAAGACAUGAAGGAACAUUCGGCAGCCCAACGCAUGGAGAGAGAUAAGGACUUGCCACAGCGAUCGCAAAGCAGCGCGGCUAGCUUGACAUCUAUAGGUGCCGACAUAUCUCCCAGUUCUUCCCAAUUUUUUGAGGUAUUUUACGUUGGCAAAAUUAAAGUAUCACAUCCGAAAGUAUCAGAAUCGUUUAUUGAUGACGCCUUGAUAAAAUUUCGCGUUCAUGGACUCGAGAAAACGAGAUCUUCGACGAGUAAUCUGCUGUCAGAUUGUCAACGGUUGAAACGCCAAGCUUUGUCAUCCACCAACAGAAGGAAUAGUACGACUGUUCUAAGUGGAAGUUUACCGUUACGUCUACAGGAAUCUACUGCUAGUGAAUCAGGCAGUAUCGAAAACGUGUCAGGAAAUAGUAUAAUUCCAAGCGUGAAUCCACUUGGAGUACCGCCAGUUCUAAGCGGCUCUGUGGAAACUUUUCCAAAACCAACCGCCAAUACCGCGGAAAGUGAUGAUCAUGAUGGAAACCGAACAUCUGAAUCUUCCGUUAAUUCUAAUAUCACCGUAUCUGAAGUCAUGCGAAAUCGCGCCGCGUCUACCGGCAGUGUUUUAGGCGGCAGAAGGGAUUCUGCUGCUAAAGGAAAUGAGGAUCAUAAUCGUACUAUGCUCUUUCAGGUUGGACGAUAUGAUUUAAGAUUGAUUAGUCCAGAUAGGAAGCAGGUUCUUCUACAUAAGCAACUGAAGGACAUAGCUAGCUGCGUGCAGGGCAUAAAAAAUCCCGAGCACUUUGGAUUUAUUUGCAAAGAACCAGAGUUAUUCAUUGGGUACGUCUUCAAAUGCCAAUCCGGAUCAGUCGCGGAUGACCUUGUUGCAGCGAUUAGUCAAGCUUUUGUCGCAACCUGCGAUGUGACGAGAAAGGAAAGAUAUCCUGUAUUUUCCUGUGAGCAUUGUCCUAUGUACUGGUACAAUAAGCUAUGUCAGGAGAUUGAAGGACAAAAUGAUAGAAAAGUGCAGAGCAUUAUCUUCUCGCGUAUGGAAUUAUUGCCUGAGGAUGAGCAGGAGAUCGUCGUGAGCAAAUAUAAGGGAGCCGAAGCUGCAGGUAACACCGGCGCGAGCUCUUCGAGCCUCCGAGAACAAAAUCAAUUUUUAAUGCGGCUGUUGCGUGCUCAUUGCGAAUCAAAACAAGCUAGACACGUACACGAUACAGCUGAAAAUAGGAGUGAAUUUCUCAAUCAAUAUCUAAGCGUUGGCGUUGGCAGUACGAUAUUCAUGAAGGCGAAACGCUCUCUCACAAAUAGUUUUGACAAUCUUAUGAAGAGAAAAGGUUCACGUGAUGACUUUAGCCUUGGGCCACAAUUGAGAGAUUCUAAUCAUGUCAAUACGGGGAUACAAAAGAACGGUAGCCAGAGUCCAGAUAACUCACGGCAAUCAUCUAUAUUGGACAUUUCGCCGGAAUCAAGUAGACCAAGAUCACUACGUGUUUCUCCUGAACAACAGAUAGUGAAUAACGGACCAAAGAGUUCCAUGAUGGAUAUCUUUUUGAAGGUUGGUAAUUCACCGAAAAUGUCUCCUACGGAGACCGAUGGAAAUAACAUGAUGCAAGCCAAUAGUUCGUGGCGGCAAACGAUAUUAAACCGGGUUGUGACACCAAACAAAGAUCACACUAAAGAAAUUGAAAAAGUUGGUGUCAUGAAAAAUUUGGAGACACCCGUUAAACGAGAACGGAGAACGAAACAAGAAUUACGAGACUUGUGGAAGAAAGCAAUCAAUCAACAGUUAAUACUCAUCAGAAUGGAAAAAGAGAACGCGAAACUUAGAGAACGUCAAGAGGAGGCAACAGUAAAAAGAAUUAAAUUGGAAUACGAUGAGCUUAGUAGUUGCAAACGUGAAUUGGUCGAAGUUUGGGACCUUCUCGUUAGCAAGGAAUCUCGAGUCUCUACUAAAUGUGAUAACCAAAUGCUUCUACACGCUAUUAAACAAGGCGUCCCAAAGGGAAAAAGGGGUGAAGUCUGGCAAUUUCUAGCCGAACAAUUCUGCCUGAAGCAACCGCCUAUAGACACUCAAGAUUUCCCAAAUUAUAAUACGCCCUACGAACUGCUCCUGAAACAACUCACAUCUCAACAGCACGCUAUUCUAAUCGAUCUGGGAAGGACAUUCCCAAGCCAUCCAUACUUUAGUUCACCCUUGGGACCUGGUCAGUUGGCACUCUUUAAUUUAUUGAAGGCCUACUCUUUGUUGGAUCACGAGGUCGGUUAUUGUCAAGGUCUCAGCUUCGUCGCCGGAGUGCUUCUAUUACAUAUGGCAGAAGAUCAGGCAUUCUUCUUAUUACGGCAUCUAAUGUUUCGCCGAGGGCUUAGGAAACUGUACUUGCCAGAUAUGGCAGCAUUACAGUUACACUUGUAUCAACUUUCCAGGCUGUUACACGAUCGCUUACCGGCUAUUUAUAAUCAUUUUGACAAGCAUGAAGUUUCACCUACUCUAUAUGCCGCUCCUUGGUUGUUAACUCUGUUUGCCAGUCAGUUUCCUUUAGGUUUUGUAACCAGAGUUUUUGAUUUGCUCUUCCUAGAAAGCUCCGAGGUUCUGUUCCGUGUAUCGGUUGCGCUAUUAGAGGAACAUCAAGAUCAGUUGUUAUGUUGUGAUAGCUUCGAAGAAAUCAUGGAGUAUCUCAAGACACGUGUACCAGCAGUGGAUAAACAAAGCUUAGAUCGCGUGAUGAAACGAGUAUUUUAUCCUGAUUUGGAGAUUACGAAGCAAUUGAACGAGUACAGGGUAGAAUACCAAGUGCUCCAGGAGGAAAUGAUCUCGGUAAAGCCACAAAUGGAGAAUUUGGAAAAGUUCAAAUUAAUGAACAAGCAACUUACACAAGAAGUUGCGCAGCUUAGUGAACAACUCGAGAUUACUCUGAGCAACUUGCACAGACUUGAAACGGCACGUUCAAUGCAACAAGCAAAUAUCCACAAACUCGAGUCUCAGAAUCGUAGUCUUGAAGUAACGGUAACCACGCUAGGUGGGUUUAUUCAGCAAUUAGUGGAUACGUGUGCCAACAUCGAAGUGCCGGGCGAGGUGCGCAGGAUUCUCGCGCAAUUGAGUAUGGUCGAGAAACGGCGGAGUGCGGGCAUCAAAUCGUAUCCUUUGAAAGUUAUCGAAGACAACAAAUACGGGAUGGUGAAAAGUAACUCAACUGGAAGGGAGUCUCAAACUCUUCUAAGAAACAAUAGCAUGACCGAUACGCCGUAUCCUUUGAAAUCAACUCUGAGCCAACCGAACUUAGCCACAAAGCUGGAGAAGGUCUCUUCGUUUUUCUCGAAUUCGCACAGUCACAUACAAAAGCAACGCGCGCAAUUAGCAGCUCUCAGAAACGAAUACUCUCAAGCGGUAAGGGGUAACAACGAUGAGAAUGAUCCUAAAACAGUCAACAUUGACAUUCAAAUUACGGAUACCAUGAAUCUGGCUAAUAAUCCAACUCCUCAGGAUGAAAACAACUUGAAAGUUCCAGCUAUUAAUUUAGAGAAAUCAAUAUCGUUACCGCUAAAGCUUAAACUGAAAUCCUCCAAGUCAGCGUACGAAUUAGGAUCCGUGAAGAAGAUUCCCACCACCAAACUCGAAGUUACGAGCAACGAUACAUUGACAAAUCUGACAGGGACCGUGCACCCGCUCGACACUUGCAGCGACGUGAAUUUCCGGUACGGCGGAACUACGAAGCUGAAGUCCAUCAAACCUGUUAGAUUAUCCAGUUCAAGUUGUCAGGAAGAGAGCGGUAACAACAAACAAAAGUCCGAUCAAAAUUCCGAUUCUUUAAACAGAUAACGGUUACUCUUGAAUAUGUCUUCGAGGAGCGUUCUGUCAAAAAGGAUUUUUAUAAAAAAUAUGUAUUUAAAAAGGUAUCGUGGUGAUGAGUAGCUUAAUAGGUUGAAGAGAUUGCAUCUUCUCAUAAAUUUGAGUACUUAUUUCCGCGUUCAUGAACGGGGAAAAUUUCAAAAGAUUUGCAUAACUUACUUAACUUGUAUAACUAUGAGAAAAAGAAUAGUCCUUUUUUUAACUUACUGAGAUCUGACAAUUUAUAAAAAUCUAUAUCAAGUAUUAUACUGGCGUAAUAUUGAAUAUUACAUUCGAGAAUCUCAAGUGCAAAUAGUCGAGAUAGAGAAUAAAGAAAAUAAGAUCAAAAUAAGGUACUAAAGAUACAUCUGCAACCAGUUUCAGAUUGCCAAAGAAAGUGCCAAACUUUCUCCCCAUUGAAAAAAAGAUGUAGAUUUAUAAAAGCCAUUAAUAUAUAGGCUGGUAUGCACUGUAAGAUUCAAGGGAUUAAGUAUUACUAUUUUUGCACAAAACAAGCCUUGUGAUAUCAGGAAUAUAUUUAACAGUGUAUAUAUAUAUGUGUGUGUGUGCGUGUACUCACUGUUCUUUAUAGGAAAGAAGUUUUACCAUCGUUAAUACGAAAGUAGCAUUAGUGAUAAUUAACAUUCAUAUCAAAUGUGUCGUAAAAACUAGCAAAUAGUAAAUAUUACUCGAUUCCUAUAAAACUAUUUAAAACUGGUGACACUUUAACAGAGAGAUACUUAUGAAAUAGAAAUAUAUUCAUAAAAAUGAUAAAAUUAUAUUUUGUAGUCCGAGUCUGUAAUAUUCGAUCAGUGAUUAUUUGUAGCUGUGUAUCAUUUAUAACGAAAUAAUAUAAGUAUAUAAUCAUAUCUUACGAUUUAAUCGAACGAUUAAAAAUAAAGGUACUCUAUAUGUCCCAUUGUUUGUCGUUAUCAUGGACAUGUUAUUAAAAUAGGCCGUAUUUUGUAUUAGCAUUGACGCGAACUAAGAAAUAUAUAAUAUAUAGAUUUUUAAACAUUUCUUUGUUGAUUUGCUAAUCUUAUUGUGAUGAUAGGAUGUAUAUAAAAAAUUACGCAAACCAA